ACGUGUGUACCGUACAGUAUAUCGCAUACAGUGGACGACUCGUGUUGUCACUAGCGCCCAAACUCAGCUAUAUUUACUCAAGCGAUAGCUUGGCUACAUUGAUCACAUCCCAACCUGACCUGCGUAGCUUACGAUCAGAGGUUAGUCUCACCACCAUCAGUGUGCGUGCACCAUUGCAUAUGCAUAUGAUACUGAACCUAAACUGUUAGAGGAAUGACCCAGGCUGAUCUCGGGACCCCGCUAAAUUAGUACUCCAGUAAAUGAUGGGGGCAAGUCGUUGUGGUAAUACCCAGCUUGCUGUAUAUAGACACGCAUUUGCAUGUAAUCCAUUGCAUAAUUGCAGAGCUACGUGCGUGACAUACCAGGGGCAGUAGCUGGGUCACGAUCAAAACGGACAUUCUUCAGAAAUAGAAAAAUGGAAACAAUGGCGCAUGAUGAUCAGUCAGAAGUCCCGAGAAUAGCCGAAGAGUUUUGGGAGUGGUGGAUGAUGGAGAACCCAGAAUAUGCCACCUAUGUCGGCUACCACCAGUACGGGCUUGGGUUGGACAGUUUCAGUGAAGAGAGAUACUUGAAACGACAGGAAUAUUGCAAAACUUUGUUAAACAAAGUUGACGAGAUCGAUCCCUCCAAGGAAAGUCGCCAAAAUGAGACAACUCUUUAUAUGCUGAAGUACUACCUCAAGAUGUACAUAGACGGUAUACAAUACGCCGGUUAUCUAUUGGGAUUGCACUAUAAGGAAGGUGUCCACAGAGACUUUAAAGAACGGACUGUGGGCAGGAUGAGUUUUACCUGUUUAAAAGACUACGAAAUAUAUUUACAGAGAUUAAGAGAUUUCCCUAAACAGAUACAAGAAAAUAUAGAUUUCCAAAGGAAAGGUAUUGAAAGAAGGAUCGUUCACCACCCUCGUGCUAUGGCUCACAUUAUUGAUGACAUUAUAGACCGAGACUUGGAACGUCCAGCAGAAGAAUCCGAAUACUAUGCUCCUUUCAACAACAUUCCAGAGGAUAUUGCAGAUCCUCACAGGUCAGAGCUGAAAAAGGAAGGACUGGCUCUUGUUACCUCAAAUGUCUACGGAUCUCUGGAAAAACUGAAAUCUUUUUUGCAAGAGUCCUACUUUCCCCAUCUUCGUCAAGAUAUUUCCAUAUCCUCUCUCUCCGGAGGCUUGGAAAGAUACAAAGCACAACUGAGGUUCCAUUGCGACUCUGACAUAUCUCCCGAGGAAAUGUUUAAGCUUGGCAGCGAAGAACUUAAGAAAGCACAGGAUAAAGCUAAAUCGCUAAUGGACGAACACCACUUUAAAGGAUCUUACCGUGAAUUCCUCUCCUACUGCCAGAAGAUGUCCGGUGCAAAUCUGUCCAAAACAUCGGAAGAAGUCUUGGAUGCUUUUCGAAGCACCCUAGAAAACAAGAUAAGACCAAAGCUACCGAAAUAUUUCAAGAACCUUCCAAACCAGCCUUUCAGGUUAGUGGCCAUGCCAGACAGGAGACCGAUCACGUUCGCCGUGUACAACGCUCCUGCCCAAGACCACAACGUGCCUGGAACGCUCUACGUGUGCCCUCAUCACUCGGAAAUCAAGAACAAUGCUUUUGUUGCCUUAACUCUUCAUGAGUUAGAGCCUGGUCAUCAUUUACAGCAUUCCCUAGUCGUACUCCAGAAGAAGCUUCCAAAGUUUCGUCGUCAUAAAGAUGAUCGACGGUAUUACGAGGUACCCAGUAGGUUUCCCAUGAACACGGCCUACACUGAGGGCUGGGGACUAUACUCCGAGGAACUUGGCGUAGAGAUGGGCUUGUACGACACUCUUCAAGAACUCUAUGGUUAUUACAUAUCAGAAUUGUACCGCAGCGCUCGGGUUGUUGUGAAUGUUGGAAUCCACGCCCUUGGAUGGUCAGAGUCUGAGUCAAUACAGUUUUUGAAGGACAAUACAGCUCUAAGCGAUCAGGGAAUUCAUCUUGAAAUGGACAGACAUGUUACAAUUCCGGGUCAGCAAUGCGCAUACAAAAUGGGACAUUUUAAGAUCAGGGAACUGCGAAGGAAAGCAGAAAAAGAACUAGGUCCUCUAUUCGAUCUGCGAGAUUUUCACGAAGCUUGCCUGACCUGUGGACAAGUGCCAUUGCAAGUCUUAGAGAAAAUCAUUGACCACUACAUAGAAGAUGCUCAAAACGGACACGCCAAAAGCUGCAAUUCGUAGGAAUUCAAACUGAAAACAAAAACAGUGCAACUGAUGACCCUGAAGAGUGUCAGAGUUUUCAAGCACCCUCCUGUCUUAUUGGCCUGCAAACGUCAAUGUUCGUGUUAAAACAGUUCAUAUGUUUCUCUACUUCACUUCAGCCAAUUUACUAGUGAGAUGCCUUGUGUCCAAUUCCACUCACAGUGAAAAUGCUUAUUUUGUUAUUCCAAAAACACACAUGUAAAACAAACCGUUAGUAUAACAGUGCAGGUUAAUUAAAGAAGAAAGAAUAUCUAAGACAGUAACAACCCCAUGAAUUGCCCUGCGAUCAAAGUAACGCGGGCUUAACAAAGUAUAUAUUCCAUGACAACGCAAGAUUGGCAAUACUAUGUUUGGCAUAACAUAAUCUAAAUAACAAAUCCGUAAUAAAAUAACCAGCAUGUUUGAAACACCUCAAUAGUGCGUUCAGACUUUGAUAACAGGCUUCACCCUGGAUUGCGUUAAGUCUGACUAGUUCGUUCUAGGCAAGGAAACAAGUUGUUCCUUAGUCGAUUCAUAUAAGACUUACUAUUCGGGAAAGUUGUUAUAUGAACGUGUGACGUGCCCGUUUCACAAAUCGACUGAAGUCAAAAAUCGAUCUAUUGGCUGAAAAACACCACGUAUACUGCUUAGUAAUAUGUCUUAAAUGUCUGUUUGCACUAAAUCGCCUGAGACAUUAUUAGAAUCGCAGUAUACGACCAAAUUGCGAUUUUCAGUUAUAAAAGUCCUUAGCCUUUUUGGUUCUGAUUUUGCGGGCGUAAUACUGCGCUUUUAACGGGAUGGCCAUUUUGUCCGGGGACAGGGCCAUUAACUUACAAUCUCGACGAGUGAGAGAAAAUUGUUCAGUCCAUUCGUUUCCUUGGACAUCCAGUGUAGACAACUGAGAUUCACAAAAUUUAGCAACUUUAUCUAAAAGUGUCUUAAAAUACGACAGUUCGUUUUGAAAAUCUGGCGCCUGGCUAUCUAAAAUGGUGAUGAAUUUGGAUCUAAAAUGAUUGUACAGCGUAACAUCUAAAACAUUCCUCUUUUUAAAUAGUGCCUGAGAACUGUCUUCAUUCUCGUAAGAUUUGUUUGAUAUGUGAGCCCUGUAUUCAUUAAGAUACAAAAUGUUCUUCAUUUUCCAGCAGAGGCGACGCCGCAAUAAUAUUAAACCCUCGUUCAAAUAUUCAGCAAGUAUAAUGAGAUGAAAAUCUCGUUCAAUCACAUUAAGAAACUCGUCAAUACUUGGGGUGCUAUCUAGCUCGAAAUCGCUAUAACCGAAAUUUCGCAGCAUAGCGUUUGGAAAAACAUUUUC